GCGGUCGUGUCUUUGUCUACAUCUUCCGCGCGUACAAGCGUCUCAACAGUUUCAUUAUCGCGCACUGCUGUGUUACAGUGGCUAGCCGUCUGUUUGCAGGCUUGUGGAAGUAGCGCAGACAGGAAGUGCGACAAAAUGCCGCAUGCAUGUGAUGUUGCCGGAUGCCCCAAUGGUGCACGCCGCCAGUACUGCAACAGGGGAACCUAUCUGUCUUUUCACUGGAUGCCGCAGAAUGAACCCUUACGCUCGGAGUGGCUGAGUGUCACGCCUUUGCGCCAGAGUGCUAAACAGUCAAAUGCUGUGCGUGUGUGCUCGCUGCACUUUCGUGCUGAGGAUUACGAGACCAACCGAAACUUGGUCGAUGCUUUUAAUGUGCCCUUGCGAGCCAAGCUUCGCCCCAGUGCCGUGCCCUCGGUAUUUCCCAAGUCCGAGAGUCAGCUCGGCACCGUGCCCGAGUUGCCUGUGUCCGACAACUUGAAAGAACUGCGGGACGACGACGCGGCUGAAUGUACGGAAUCCGGAACCACAGAUUCUGCUAUCGAUACCGGCACCAACACUGACGCGAAGGUGGCUGUUCACGCGGAAACUCAGACUAAUCGGUCGUUGAGGACCGGCUACUACAUUGGCUAUGAUAAAAGUGUGCAAGUUCGUCUGCGUGGCAAGAGCAUCGGGGUCCAAGUUAAUUUAACUCUGAAGAACACAGAAGAGAGGAGGAGACAGGUGCGCAAGAGGAAAAAGCCCAUGAUAUCAACACGAGCAAGGAGGAGGCGAACACAGAUGUGUAGGAAGAAACGGCACGAAAAGGCCUUACAAUGAUCGAGGAGAUCAAAGAGCAAAACGGCAGCGACAGACAUCAAUAAGUGGGCCCUUGUGCUCAGAUUUG